UGUAUUAUAUUCUUUUCUUUCAUAAUAAAGUAUCUCAUACAUCCUCUUGAAAAAACAGAGACGCGUUUUUUUAUUGUCCGCCAACUUUUUUAUAUUUCUUUCUUUCUUUACUUUUAUAUAAAAGAAAAAAUGAAUCAAGAAGAUAUGGAGUUUAUGGAUAUUGACGGACCUGAGUUCCUCAACGACGUGAAUAAUCAAAUUGCUAAUAUUCGUGCUACGUCCCGUUAUGACCAAAUAGAUAACACCAACACAGCUAUGUUUGAGCAGUUUGAUCAACAAACUCCUUCUUUUGCAGAGAUAGCUGUAUUAGAUACUAACUUUUUACUGUCCAAAUUGGGUUUCUUGGAUGCUUUAUUAGACAUUGCUAAUAAAUACCCAGGUAGUCUGCUCGUAUUACUGCCUUGGGUAGUUAUUCGAGAAUUAGACGGCUUAAAAGGCUCCAGAAAUGAUACAGAUGUGUGUACAAGUGCAAGGAAAGCGAUGCGUUUCUUGGAAUUGCGUUUGAGAGAUAAGAUGGUUUCUCUUCGAGGGCAAAAAAUGAAUGAAGUUUUUGACAAACAAAUAAUACAUGCAGGCAAUGCUAAAGGGGAUGAUCGCAUUUUGGAUUGCUGCAUGUAAAUAGACAUCAACAUAUACAAAGACUUAUUGGUAUAUUUAGGUACUUUCAACAAGCAACUCAAAGAAAAGUAACAUUGCUUUCAAAUGACAGAAAUUUAUGUAUUAAAGUAAUGGUGCAUGACAUUGAUUCUAUCUCUGCCGAAUCUACACAUAAAAUGGAAGCAUUAUUAAACCGUAUUGCAG